AUGUCCGCCCCGAGGCAAGGCAUUGGCAAGAGAAAGCCAGAUGCAGCCAUUUCCAAGGAUGUCGGUCCUCAAAAGCGAGUCCGGAACCAGGCCCCGCAAUCGCCAACAUCGGCCCUCAUAGCUCCCCACGAAGCCAUACUCGCCGAGCUCAGAUCCAAGCACGAAGUCCUCGCCCUCUCCGUCAUUUCGUCCACCAAGAUCACCAAGCGCGUCACAUCCGUCCUCAGUCACCUACUCGAAGAAAGCGAACGCCCGCGACUGGUACUACUGCACGCGCGAACCGCAGACGUCUGCAAGCUCAUCACGGUGGUGGAAAAAUGCAAAAGGGUCCUAGGCGAGGAGGGCAAGGCAUACUACCAAUACAAUCAACUGUUCGACUUGCCGGAGAAGCCAAAAAAGCGAGAUCUGGUCGAGGAGACGGUACUUGAAAAGGACGCGGAGGGGAGCGACGAUUCAGACAGCGACGACUUCGAGGUCAUGCACAGCCGGUUUGAAGAUGCCGUGCUACCCCGUCCCUCGACACGCUCGGUCAAAUCCAUGCGGGUCUUUUUCUCGAUCGCGCCCAUAAUGGAGCUCAAGUCGAAAAAGGGAAUCACUAUCCAGUCUAGCGCGCAAAAACAGGCGUAAAUAUCCACACUUCUCGGUCAACGACUUCGGAUAGUUGAACAUGGGGCGACUCAAUUGGAGGGAACAUGAAUUUUACUCGGCGUCCAGAGGCAAGGGUUCGGCAUGAUUAUGGAAAUGCCACACAUGUUUGUACGAGAUACCCAAGAGGAUCUAGUAUCCUAACUUUUUACUUGUAUUGAUACGGUCCUACGAUCCAA